AUGACGCGCGCCCGGCGAUCGACCGCCGCCGCGCGAGGCGCUCGACCGCACCGCCGCGUGGCAGUGUCCGAGUCGUCGCUCUCUUCGCCGUCGUCCGAGGACGAUCAGGAGCUCGUGACCGACGCGCGUCGCCGCCGCGGGAAGCGCCACAAGCCCAGUGCGAUUCUGUCGCAGUUCACGAGUCUCGACGCGUUACUUCACGACGACUUGGCCGAGCGACGCAAGCGCGAGCACCGCGAGCAAAAGCUGAAGCAGAUGCGCGACGAGAGCGAGAAGAGCGCCGCAGCAGUUGGUGGCUCGUCGCCGCUGGGCCAAGUGAUGACGCACAUGGCCGUCAACAUGUCGACGCUCUCGGGGGACAGUGACCUCUUUGCGACGUCUGAAGUAACGGUUACGGAGAAGUUUGGCUAUGUGUUUACGCCCAUGAGAGAGCCGCUGCCGUACCGCACGUAUAAGGCGACAGAGAUGGAGCUGCAGAGCGAGAUGAAGCUCGUGUACGAGGCCAUGCAGUCGACGGACAGUGUUGAGCUGGGCGGGUUGCUGUGGUCCAAAGCGAUCCUGCUUUACUGCAGGCUCCAGUGCCAGCGCACAGCGACUGCACCUAGCGACUCGGACAGGACACCGAUUGUCUUGCCUUUGAAGAUCGGGUCGUGGCUAUUCAUGACCAUGUCAGCUCAUAGCGAAAGCCACGUGGUGGGAGGAUGUUUCAGCAACCUCUUUCUGAUCCAGAGCUCAACUGUGAACUCGUUGGUCCAACAGUUGAGCCAGGGACUUCCUGUGGCGUGUUUCUCUCACUCGAUCGAGGACUAUCGCUCAGCGUUUGGUGCGCAGGCCCCUCCUAUCGAAAUGGAAUGGAAACCGUCCAUUUACGAUUUCCUCAACGCCUUCCGCGCGUACGGUUUCCAGGAUAGCAAGCGGUCCAUGAGUGUAAAGAGCAAGAUUCCAGUGACACCGCCGUCUGCGACGAAAGCACGCGUGGUGCCGUUUCCGACUCUCAACAUGCACUACGUGCUGAUGUACCUCGUGCUUUGUUUGCGCACGAAAACGCUAACGUUGGAAGGUUACGACGCGUUCAGCUUUACCAUGUUUUUCUUGCGCAUGCAAUUCGAGGACGCCAUUCAUGCCAGCAUCGUCGAUGUGGCCACCCUCUGUAUCGAAGAGCUGCUCGACGUGUUUCCACGCACGGAGUGGCGGAGAGAAUGGGCACCGCAGCUUGUUCUUCGGAUCGCUGGAGCAGCGGAGGGUUUAUUUGACUCGGCAGCAGGAUGGCUUGCCGUCGCUCGUCGCAUUCCACGCACGAUGCGUGGUACGCAGCUUACCACUGGAUUGGCGAUCUACGUGCUGCAACACCGAAUCGACAAGAAAGCACAAGGAGCAACUUCCGAGAGACCUCUGAAGUUCCCGAUACAGAGCGGUCUCGUCGUUGACAUUGUGGCCGGGAUUGUCGAAGACUUGACACUCAAGUACGCGGAGACACGCAAGACUGGCAAGGCAUCGAAAAAGACGCCGCCCUUUGAUCUACUGUGUAAGAAGGUGGCAUUAAUGGAUUUAGCACUGCAGGCAUUUCUCAACAUCCUUACUCCAAAGGAGAUGCAAGUCAUGCUCAACAAGUUGGACCAGCUGGCUGACGCACACAGGUCCACCAUGUCAGCAAAAUGGCAUGAGCUCAAGACGCUAGUAAGUCUCAUGCAUCGCAAAUACUCGCUCGAGAAUUUGCGCAUUGGCCGGAAUGUAUCUCCAUCUGCAAAAGCCGUGCUGUUUUGUGACGAUAAUGACGAAAAGUAA